AGCGGAAGAGGAGCUGCCGCCGCGCGGCGCUGAGGGGAGCCAAGCGGGCACUGUUGUCGGGGUCCAAGCUCUGACGUGAGGCGCGGCUGGCUCUGAGAACGAACGAAGGGAAAGACGCAACUGCUUCGGCCCUAGCGAGCUGAGUUUUCCCGUCUCUCAGCAACCAGGUUUCCGAAUGAGUGGAUCAUGAGGAACAUACUUUAGGGACUUGCCAUAGUAUGGCUGCUUCUCGAUCUACUCGUGUCACAAGAUCAACAGUUGGGUUAAAUGGUUUGGAUGAAAAUUUUUGUGGCCGAACUUUAAGAAACCGUAGCAUCGCUCAUCCAGAGGAAGUUUCUUCUCUUUCACAAGUAAGAUCAAGAUCACCAAAGAAGAAACCAGAAUCUCUGCAGGCUCAGAAGGGAAAUAACAGUGGGCGAACCAACGACGUGAAGCAACAGAAUUCUAGGGAAUCAUGGGUAAGCCCUAGAAAGAGAGGACUUUCAACUUCAGAAAAGGAUAGUGUUGAGAAACAAAUUGUGGAGAAUUGUGAUAAGAAGCAAGUGGAACCUGUCUCACCAGUUUUAAAGAGAAUUAAGCGCUGCUUACGUUCAGAGGCGCAAAAUAGUUCAGAAGAAGUGCUGUCCUCUAAAACAGGAAAGGAGCGAUUAGAGCGCAAAAGCUCAGGAUUGGACAAUGUUGCAGUCACUCCAGGGACUAAACGAGCUUGCCGAUGUCUUAUAUUGGACGAUAGUGAUAAAAGGGAAGUUAAAAAGGUGAAUGCUUGCACAGAAAGAUUUAAUAGUUCUUCAGUAUCCGAAGAACUUGUAGAUUGUCAGACUGUCAAUGGAGUUGAUGGGAGAGGCUCAAAUGCUACUACAAAGUGUGACGACUGUCAGCCCGAUGGGAAUACUACACAGAACAAUGCUGAUUCUUGUUCAUCCAAGGAAAAAACUAUAGCAGAAAAUGGAAAUGCAUUGGCCCAUUCAUCAUUUUUUCUCAACCGAAGUAAAGAGGACAAUUUUGUUGACCACAGUGUGCCUUGCACAAAUUCACAAGAACAGUUAACGUUAGAGGACCAUAAACAAUUAAACAACUGUUUGCCUGCAGAAACUACUGAUCAGGCACAUGAGUCAGGUACGGGUACGGGGUCCUUUUCUGAAAUCCAGUCAUCUUUAUUACGGGAUUCUGAGGAGGAAGUUGAUGUAGUGGGGGAUAGCAGUGCCUCAAAGGAGCAAUCUGAAAAUACCAACUGCAACCGUGACAAUUAUCAUGACAUUACAUCAGUCUCAGGUGAACCUGAACCACCAAUUUCUGUUUGUCCAUCAGCAUCUGAAUCUCAAGAACAAAGAUACACGCUGAGAACUUCACCAUGGAGGGUGGGCCCAGCAAAAGGUAGCCCUAGUAAGCAUAACUCUCCAUGUAGAGAAAAUGGACAGCUUGAGGAGAACAAUCAUAGUCCCCCUGAAAAGAAUGUAGAAUCAAGUAUUACUAAUAUCAAUGGAUCUACUAUAAAUACAGAAAAUAUUUUGAAUGACAAAGAGAGAGCUUGUGUCUCUGGGGAUUAUAUAGAUGAAGGACUAAGUAAACCACCCUCAGAUGCUAGACUUGUUACUGGAUCCCUACCAUCUGCCAAAGAGAGUGCCAAUCUUCAUGCUGUAGAGGAUGAGGAGGAAGAGCCCGAUGUGUAUUUCUUUGAAUCAGAUCAUGUGGCAUUGAAACACAACAAAGAUUAUCAGAGACUGUUACAGACGAUUGCGGUACUCGAGGCUCAGCGUACUCAAGCAGUUCAAGAUCUUGAGAGUUUAGGCAGACACCAGAGAGAAGCGCUGAAAGAUCCCAUUGGAUUUGUGGAAAGACUCCAAAAGAAGGUUGAUGUAGGGCUUCCAUAUCCACAGAGAGUUGUCCAGCUGCCAGAAAUAUCCUGGGACCAAUAUACUACAAGCCUUGGGAAUUUUGAAAGAGAAUUCAAAAAUAGAAAGCGUAAUAGUAGACGAGCCAAGCUUAUUUUUGAUAAAGUAGGUUUACCUGCUAGACCAAAAAGCCCUUUGGAUCCCAGAAAGGAUGGAGAGGCUACUUCAUACUCUGUAUUGCCUUUUAGUGACUGUCCAGAAGCUUCAGCAAACAACCGUCCACAGCAGAUGAUAAGAGGGCGACUUUGUGAUGAGACCAAACCCGAAACUUUUAACCAACUGUGGAGUGUAGAAGAACAGAAAAAACUUGAACAAUUACUCUUGAAGUAUCCACCAGAGGAAGUAGAAUCUCGGCGAUGGCAGAAAAUUGCUGAUGAACUGGGAAAGAGAACUGCAAAGCAGGUUGCCAGCAGAGUACAAAAGUAUUUCAUAAAACUGACUAAAGCUGGUAUUCCAGUUCCAGGCAGAACUCCAAACUUGUAUUUGUACUCCAAAAAGUCCUCCAGUAGACGGCAACAUCCUCUAAAUAAACAUCUCUUCAAGCCCUCAACUUUCAUGACAUCCCAUGAACCUCCUGUGUAUAUGGACGAUGAAGAUGACAGAUCCAGUUUUCACAGUCACAUGGCCAAUGCAGCAGAGGAGGAACCAUCAGAUGAAGAAAGUAUCCCCGUAGCAUAUCGAGAAUUACCAGAAUACAAAGAGCUACUCGAACUAAAAAAACUGAAGAAGCAGAAGCUGCAGCAAAUGCAUGCAGAAAGUGGUUUUGUACAACACAUAGGUUUCAAGUGUGAUAACUGUGGAACUGAUCCCAUUCAAGGCAUUCGGUGGCACUGUCAAGAUUGCCCUCCAGAAAUGUCUUUGGAUUUCUGUGAUUCUUGUUCUGACUGUCUUCAUGAAACAGACAUUCACAAGGAAAAUCACCGAUUGGAGCCUAUGUACAGAGCAGAGAUGUUCUUAGAUAGAGACUACUGCCUGUCACAAGGCCCCAGUUAUAAUUACCUUGACCCCAACUACUUUCCUGCGAAUAGAUGACAUGGAAAGCAAAUCUGCAACCUGACGCUUAGUAUCCUCUUUGAAAACCCAACUGUGGCGCUGUUCUUGAUUCUGUGCCCACCUUGGAAAGACAUUUACUUUCCCAGGAAUGUUAUCCACAGCAUGAGAGCUUCCCUGGUGCCCUCAUCAAAAUACAGCUCUCUGACCCGUCAUGAUACUAGAUCACUGAACCGAGGUUGAACAUUCCUAGUGUGCAGGAGGCUUUACUGGGGAGAUUUUCUUUUCGCCCCAUUAGUCAUUUUUUUAGAUGGUGAGUCUAAAAAGAGGAAUUACAGAGGUGUGGCCAGAAACGAAAGCACACAUUAAAGACAGUCAAUUCCAAAGGCGUAAAGAACUUGGCUAUUAUGAGAUGCAGAGGUGAUGAAGUACUUACAUUAAAAACAGUUGAAUAGUUUGCAGUUUUGUUGUGAAAAUAGUUUUCCGCACAGAAACUGACUUUCUUAGGCAAAGUUUUAACCUAUGACAGUGUUUGCUUCUAGGACAUACUCUUAAAACAAUCACUGUCCCUGUGAUGGUCGGUAAUAGGCCUCGGAGCUGCUUAAUCACAUUGAUGUUUCUUUAUCUUUUUGAGUCCCCCCCCCCCUUUUUACCACAACAAACUUUUAUUUACCAACAGUGAAGCACUACAGGAGGCAACUGUGGCAUUGCUUCCUUAACCAGCUCAUGGUGUGUGAAUAUUAUAAAAUUGUCACGCAGAUAUAUUUUUAAAUGUAAUGUUAUAUAAGAUGACCAUGUGAUGUGUACAAAAAUAUGGUGGAAAGUGCCAGUGGUAGUAACUGUGUAAAGUCUCUAAUACCCAACAUUAACUCUUAUAAAGUAAAAUACACAGCCUUCUGCCUCUGUAUUUGGAGUUGUUAUUACAACUCAUCAAAGAAAACUGCCUAAUAUAAAUCAUAUAUGGUAAUAAUUUCCUCUUUUGUAGUAUGCACAAGAUCCAUGAAAGAUUGUAUUUUUAUUACUAUUUAAACAAGUGAUUAAAUUUAGCCUGAGCAGUGAGCAAGGGUUCACAUGCAUUCUUUUAUACUGCUGGAUUUUGUUGUGCAUCAUUUAAAACAUUUUGUAUGUUUCUUCUUAUCUGUGUAUACAGUAUGUUCUUAAAUAAUGUUCAAUUGUCAGGAGAACUGUGAGAAAUAAACUAUGUGGAUGCAGUCUGUUUAUAUAUAGAAUGCUUACUGUGACUUCUUUCUGAGGAGGUUUGACUUUUGAACCAACAUUAAAAAUUGAGAAUACCAUUUAGCUCAUAGACUAAAGGGUUGUUUGAUCCUGUUAAGGGGCUCUGUGUGUUCUAGUAGUCUUUGUCUCAGCCUCUUCCAGGAUAAUGCUGUCAAUGUCAAUACCCUGAUUCUAACAGGCCCACCCAGUUCAGAACCCUGUGUGCACUCCAUUGUGCAGAUGGACCUCUUGUGCACAUGCUACUCUAUUCACUUCGAUGGAGGAAGCAAAUUUGCUCACCAAGAGCAAUGGUCACACAGAGCUCCUUCCUCUUUCGAAAUGAUUGGAGCAGCACUUGUGGGUGCAUGUCCGAGCUGCCAUGUGUUUAAGAAACCACUGGAUCAGAGCAAUUUCAUGGCAGAAGAUAUCAAGGAAAGAAAUAAGACUUCCAUGUAAUUUGUUUAUGACCAUGAUGCAUGUUUCCUUGUGUUCUUUUUACAAAUCCUUCCCCACGCCACCCCCCCACUUUACAGAAUAAAGAAGAAAGGCAUUUUGGUACGCUUUAUUAGCCUAACGAUAGCAAUGAUUGAAAAAGCUUUGUAAUAUUUGCUAUAUAUUUUUAGCUAAUAUAUCAUUCUGACAUGUAUAACUUGUGAUUCAGAAAUGCUGAUUAUUUUAACUGUAAUAGAUUUCCACUUGCUUAAACAAAAACUUGAAUUUUCAGAGUGACUUAGAAUACAUGUUUAACUUAAAAUAUGGCAGUAAGUAACUAACGAAGAAUUGGCUGGUGCUUUUGAUAGCAGCAUUAAUUUCGGUUUAAUCACAGUGUUAAUUUUCACAGUGUUUGUUUAGGUGUAAUCACUUUUUGUUAGAGAAGUUUAAGCAUUUUUUUUAAUAUAUUGGGUAGAUGAUGCAGUACCGUUUCUAAAUGACUGAGCAGUAUAAUACAUCGUCUGUAAGCAUAUCUCAUUCUUUGAGAAAUUUAAUAAACCAAAAUAUAUAUAAUGUAAAAGAA